ACACGCAUCCACAGCUCUCGUCCACAAUCCUCUUCAAAUCGAUCUCCGUAUCCAUCCGCGUCUCUAAUUCGAUCAUCACCCUGCAGAUUAAUCCUAGAUGGGAAGUUGUUUAUCUUCAACAACGAAAGAUCACACAGUAAUGGAGAAGCACAACUCCGCCAACGUCAUUUCGUCCACCGGAGAGCUGCGCCAGUUCUCUAUUCCGGUUAAAGUCUCUCAAGUUCUUUUCUCCGAGACGACGACGACCACUUCGGCCGUCGAUCACGCUUCCUCUGCAGCACCCUCCUUUUUCAUGUGCAACUCCGACCGUCUCUACUUCGACGAUUACAUACCCCCUCUGGACCCGGAGGAUGAGCUCGAAGCCGGUCAGAUCUAUUUCCUUCUCCCCACCAAUAAGCUUCAGUAUCGUCUCAGCGCAUCCGACAUGGCCGCUCUCGCGGUGAAGGCCAGCCUCGCCCUUCAGACCAUAAAUCGCCGGCGCCGCAGCAGCAGGAGCAAGAAGAUCGGUACGAGUAAAUCUAGGAUCUCACCCGUCAUCUUCCACCAAUCUGAUCAUGGUCAACUCCAACAAUAUGACAGUCAUAGUGGUGAGACAAUUAGCAAUAUCAACAAGGGGGCGUCAUCGGGACUAGGAGUUCCGAUGAGCUCCAGACCCGCAAGGAAGCUGAAAAGAUACUCGUCCCAGAGGGCUAAGAUGGCUGUUCGUUCUUUCAGACUCAGGCUGAUGACCAUUCACGAAGGAUCUGUACUGGGUCCAUUUUACUAGUUCUUUAUAUAUACGAUACUCUGGAAGACUGGAAAUAUUUUCUUUAAUUUUUUAUUUAUUUUUGGGUGAUCAUGGCGGUUUAUUACUCCCCCACUAUGUAAAAAGUUACGGUUUGGUGAGAGGAAGCGCCUUCUAGGAUUUACCGAGUAUAUAUUAAUCAAUGCAUGAAUGCUUGAGUUCUGCAGAGUAACUUUAAUUAUUUUUUGAGGGUAAACGACAUAGUGUGUCGUACAUACAAUUAACUACAACUACAUUUUGUAUUAUCCCAUCUUCUCGUUCUUCUCGUCUCUGCAGCUAAUAUAGAGCUUUUAAUUUUCUUUUCUA